AUGGUCAAAACCCCCCCCCUACCACCGAUCUGCGCUCUCUGCGGCAUCUCAGGCUGCCUCGGCUGCGAAUUCUUCGCUUCGGGUGAACUAAUUAGAGAGGUGAAAAGUUCUAGCAGCUCCUUGAUUGAACCGAAGAUAAAGAAGAGGAGGAAAAAGCCCAAGACGAGUGAGUACAGGGGAGUGAGGCGGCGGCCGUGGGGGAAAUGGGCGGCGGAGAUAAGGGACCCGUUGAAGGCGGUGAGGAAGUGGCUGGGGACGUUCGACACGGCGGAGGAGGCUGCGAGGGCGUACGAUAAGGCAGCGAUCGAGUUUAGGGGAGCUCGGGCGAAGCUUAACUUUCCGUUCCCGGAACAAGAACAGCAUCAAGAGAAGGAGAAUGAGAAUGAACCUAGUGAUGAGCUUAAAUUUCCGACGUUGAGUGAAGGCUCAUCGGUGGAGAAGGAGACAGGGGAGGAGCGUACUACAGUGGGGUUGUGGGAUGGGCUUCCUGACCUUUUCGAGAUUGAUUUCUAAAGCACAUGCAGAUUGUUUUUUGUGAGCAAUGUGUUCCUUUUUUUUUUUUGGAUAGUCUC